GACAAGCCUGCCCCCUGCUGGUGAGUUAGGCAAGGUUCAUCAAUGCUCCUCGCACAGCUCCCUCCUGAGAACAUGGCCCUUCGUGCAUCUGGGUCCUCCACUGGAUAAUGACUCCCUCCUCAGAUGAACUCCUUUCGUUUGUUUCCCCAGCACCCCUGCCCUUCCAGCUUCAGCAGGAUGAGCACCGAGUCCCCACACACAUUACAGAAACUGGCAAUUCAGAGCUUGCUGAGGGACGAGGCUUUGGCCAUGGAGGCUGUGGAAGAUCUGCCAGGGGAGCUCUUCCCACCAGUGUUCAUGGAGGCCUUCACAAGGGGACAUGCUGAGGUCCUGAAGGCCAUGGUGCUGGCCUGGCCCUUUCCCUGCCUACCCCUGGGAGCACUGAUGGAGAUGAGGACAAAAGGGACUUUGGACACUCAGGAAGAUGCUGUCCAGGUGCAGGAAAGGAUGUUACAGGCUGUGCUGGAAGGGAUUCACGUGUUGCUGAGCCAGAAGGUUUGCUGCAGGACAUUGAAACUGCAAGUACUAGAUAUGCGGGUCAUGCACCAGAACUUCUGGAGAGUGUGGGCUGAAAACAAGUUGGAAGGCUGCUCCUCUGCAGCCAUGAAGAGGAGGAAAACCGAGAUGAGUGUGCCAAGGGGAGCAAAAAACCAGCCGCCGAGGGUGAUUGUAGAUCUGUGGAUCAAUGAUGGAGGGCUGCAUCCAGUGCAAUUCUACCUCCUCAAGUGGGUGCAAGAGAGGGAAGACCUGGUACAGCUGGAAUGUGAGAAGCUGUGUAUUACAGGCCUGUGCCCUCAAUGGAUCAAAGAGUUCCUCGCAAUGCUGAACGUUGAUUCGGUGCAGGGGUUGGAUGUGGGUCACUGCUGGACAUUCUUUGAAUUUGCUCAAUUCGCCUGUUUUCUGGGACAGAUGAAAAAUCUGCACAAACUAAUUAUUUCUGACAUCUCUGUGCCUACUGUCAUUUCCCCAGAGAGGAGAGAGGACUUGUUCAAUAAAAUCACCUCUCAAUUUCUUAAGCUUCACAGUCUGCAAGAGAUUUAUAUGGACUCUGUUGACUUCCUUGAAGGCCACUUGGACGAGGUACUCAGGUGCCUGAAGUGCCCCUUGGAGAUCCUGUCAUUAACUCACUGCCAGCUUUCACACUCUGACUGGAACCAGCUGCCCCAGGCUGAGCAGACCCGAAAGCUAAAACACUUGGAUCUGAGCUGUAUCAGGCUGACUCAUUUUAGUACUCAGCCCCUGCGAAUUCUGCUGGAUAAUGUCGCAGCCACCCUGACCAUCCUGCGUUUGGAAAACUGUGGGAUCACAGAUGCGCAGGUCUGCGCCUUUCUGCCUUCGCUGAGCUGCUGCUCCCAGCUCACUACCUUCUGCUUCAUAAGGAAUUUCAUAUCCAUAGCCACCAUGAAGAAGCUGCUGGACCACACUGCCAGGCUGAGGAACUUAAAGAAGGAGCUGUACUCUGUUCCUCCAGAGGUUGAUGUUCCCAGGCAUGGUACUAUUCAGCAGAUGCGGAACGAGGCUCAUGAAGCACUUAGGAGGAUGAUGAAACCACUAAACCACCCCAGGACAAUCUGGUUCUGUGUUCUCCAUGAACUGUGUUGCAACCGAGCAUUGUACAACAUGCGCCCUAAGCCAUGCCCGGCCUCUGCCCAGGCUGAGCAGACCCGACAGCUAAAAUACUUGGAUCUGAGUUGUAUCAGGCUGACUGAUUUCAAUCCUGAGCCCCUCGGAAUUCUGCUGGAUAAUGUUGCAGCCACCCUGACCACCCUGAAUUUGGAAAACUGUGGGAUCACAGAUGCGCAGGUCUGCGCCUUUCUGCCUUCGCUGAGCUGCUGCUCCCAGCUCACUACCUUCUGCUUUGUGUGGAAUUUCAUAUCCACAGGCACCAUGAAGAAGCUGCUGGUUGACACUGCCAGGCUGAGGAACUUAAACAUGGAGCUGUACUCUGUUCUUCAAGAGGUUUUUGUUCCCAGGCAUGGUGCUCACAAGCACAUGUGGAAACAGAUACAUGAAGCACUUAGGAGGGUGAUGAAGCCACUGAACCUUCCCAGGAGGGUCUGGUUUUGUGUUCACCAUGAACCGUGUUGCGACCGAGCAUUGAACAACCUGUGCCCCAGUCCAUGCCAGUUCCCUCAGCUGAUCCCGUUGGACACACACCUUUUCUUCACCAAUUAUGGCAUCACAGCAUAUCUCAGGAUGAGCAGGCAGAGUCCAGCGCCUCUGUAUGACCUGGCCAAGCAGAGCCUGCUAAAGAGGGAAACCACAGCCAGCACUGCUCUGCAUGGCCUGCCCUCCAUGAUCUUCCAUGACUUAUUCAUGGAUGCCUUCAUGGGGGAACACAAUGAGGUCCUGAAGAUGAUGCUGGAGGUCUUUCAUAAGUGGGAUCAUGAAAACAUGAAAGCAUUUUUUUCUCAGCUUAAGAAGAUGAAAAACCUUCACACAUUUCACUUCAACAGCCUGAGUCCAGGAGUGUACACUUCACCCUCAAAAAACCAGUCCUAUUCCCGUAUCUACGCUUUACACUUAGGACAGCUGGAAAGUCUCCGGGAGCUUCAUAUGGAUGCAGUGUUCUUUUUGGAAGGAACUCUGCAUAAGAUUCUCAGGAGCCAGACCCCCUUGGAAUCCCUCUCCUUGAAUUCAAGUCCACUGAAGGAAUCUGACCUGCAGCAUAUGUCCCAGUGUGCAAGCACAAGCCAGCUCAAGUCCCUUACUCUGAGGAGGAUUUCGAUGAAGUUAUUCAGUCCUGAGACCCUCCAUGUUCUUCUACACAAACUGUCCAGCACCCUGGAGACUCUGGUCCUAGAGCACUGUGACAUCACAGACCCCCAGCUCCUUGCCAUCUUGCCUGCCCUGAGCUGCUGCUCCCAGCUCAAGACUUUCAGUUGCUAUGGGAACCACUUUUCCCUAAGCAGCCUGCAUACCCUGCUGCACCUAAAUUCUAGACUGAGUCAGUUAACCCAGGGGCUGUAUCCUGCCCCUCUGGAGAUCUAUGAGUCCAAUAGUCCAACAAGUUUUAUGAACCCUCCGUAAUUUGAACAGGUCUUUGCUGAACUGGCACAAAUUCUGAAGGACAUAAGGCCAUCUCUUGAAGUCCAGAUCUGUACCUACUGUUAUUCAUGUAUGAUAUGCAAAUUCUAUAGACUGAAUCCCAGUGGGAACUGGCAAGUUAGAAAUGAGGAUCCCCAUUGGUUUUGCAUGAGGUGCUUCAUUUUUGUCCCUCCCCUCCGUAUUUAAUAUUUUUUUUUAACUCUAGGUAUCCCUUAAAGCCUCCUACAAUUACAGGUGGGCUUGUUGGUGGUAACUGGAUCAUGUAGAGCCUGGUCAGAAGAGGUGGGUCACUGGGGACAUGGCCUACAAGAAUCGAACUCCCUCAUUCCUCUGUAAAUAUGAGUCUUUACCACAUA